AUGUGUCAAUGGACAAAGACAAUCGCUAAGUGCAAGAAAUGCGGGUACGAGCUUGACGCAGAGCGAUCUCAGGCAAAAUGCGACGGCCUGGCCAAGGAAGGAAAAUGCAGCGGGGAGAAGUCAGAAAUCAAAGUUGAGACAACGAGGGAUACUGAUGCCUGCCCGGAAUGCACAAAGCCUAAGCCUUAUGCUGCAACUGCAGCUUGA